GUCUAAAUCUAACAUUGGCCAUAGAGUUGUACACCCCGGCGGAAGUGCUGGUUGAGAAUGGCACCACGGGGAUCCUCAAGUGUUCCUUCAAGUCCAGGGAAGUGAUCAGCAGUGCAGCCACAGUCACCUGGUCGUUUCGCCCGGCGGGAUCCGACGCCGGACACGCCGUUUCCAUUUUCUAUUACACUUCUGGGAAGCACUACCCAGGGAGCGUGGCUCAAUUCAAAGACAGGGUGAAAUGGGCGGGAGACCUGAACAAAAAAGAUGCCUCAGUCCAUUUAAUCGAGGCGCAGUUCAACGACAACGGCACCUACUCGUGUGCCGUUAUUAACCCGCCCGACAUAUCUGGCACCGCCGCUCAGACACAGCUCAAGGUUGUUAUCAAAGAGUCUCUCCCUCAAGACAACACGGCUGUCAUAGUGGGCGCCGUGUGCGUCAUCGGGCUUAUCCUCAUCGCUGUGGUUACCUGCCUGAUCAUUAAGAGGUAUCAAACCAGCCAUGAAUACGAAGGCUGCACCUCAGUGGAGAGUGUGAGCUCCCACGCCACACCCAUGGGAGGGAAAAAACCAGAGUCCAGCUUGGAGGGCUCCAGGUGUAGCAGCCCCUCCGCCCCGGUCCAGGGGCCGCUGAUAUACGCCCAGUUGGAUCACUCGGGCACCAAGAACCCCAACUCAUUCCACAAGAUGGAGCCAGUGGUCUACGCUGACAUAAGGAAAAACUAAAGAGAACUGGAGACCAAAAGGCACAGGCCACCAUAGCUCGCUGCUUUAGGA